UGAUUUUUCAGGGUUAUUGACCUCAAGCCAAUGUUAACACAGUGACACUCACCCGUCUCUCAAAUAGACUGAAAACAGUGUUCACAAGUCACAAUUUCAGAGGAAACUUUUAAUUACUCUUCAUUAUUAGUUCACUGGGAGCCACAGAGAAUCUCUCGCUCAGGAUGGCAUCGAUGGUGGUCCAGCUGAUGGGAAUGUUUCUGGGAAUCGUCGGCUGGUGUUUGGAGUCCAGUUGCAUCAACUCAGCCGUGUGGAGGAGAGCCAGUCACGGAGAGGCUGUGAUGACGUCCAGCUCUCGGUAUGAAGGCCUGUGGAUGUCGUGUGCGUCUAACUCGCUCGGAGCCAUACAGUGUCAGAGAUUCAAGACCGUUCUGGGACUUCCAGGAUACAUCCAGGCCUGUCGGGCUCUGAUGAUAAUCGCUCUCAUUCUGGGUUUGCUGGCUGUUAUUCUGGCCGCGAUGGGACUCAAGUGCACUAAACUGGGCAGCACAUCUGAGGAGACGAAAGGGAAGAUCAGCCUGACCGCCGGGAUCAUGUUCAUCCUGUCAGGUGUGUGUGUUAUGGUGGCCGUGUCGUGGUACGCCGUUCGAGUCGUUCAGGAGUUUUAUGAUCCUUUUUAUGGAGGAACAAAGUAUGAACUGGGAGCCGGUCUGUAUCUGGGAUGGGCGGCAGCAGCUCUGGGAAUAAUAGGCGGAGCAAUCCUCUGCACUUCCUUCAAGAGCUCAAGACCUGCACAAACACGGAGUCUCAACUAUAACUACAUCGCUUCCCAGCCGCAGAAGAUCUACAGAUCAGCCCCGUCAGAAAACAGCGUCUCCAAAGCUUACGUCUGAGUGUUUGCCUUUCCUUUUUUUGUACAAGGAUGUGUGUAUUUUUAUUGUACUUGCAUUUUAGAAGUCAAUGCAUUGAGCUUAUUUACAUGACUUUGUAUGAUUCAUCAGUGAUUAUUUCAUAACAUCAAAGCGUAAAAUAACGUUCUCAGCUUAUAUGAAAAGACUUCAGUUAGAGAUUUUUGCAUUUCAGAUUUUCGUUUAUUACUCAGUUCUGAUAUGAAACACUCACUUUAGGAAUAUUAUAGUGAAAUGAAACCAAAACCUUUGAAAAAAUAAACUUUUGUUACAUUAAAUAAACUUUCACUGAAAUUGACAAUAAACAUAUGCCAGGCAAUAUUUCUUGUUGUUUAGUAUGAACUAAGAGUGAAAUAAAAAAAGAUUAAACAUGAACAAAAUCUAAUAAAAGUGUCAAAAAUACACCACUAAAUUACUAAAACCUCACAAAAUGUAAAUAUAAAAUAAUUCACUAAUAAUGGUGCUUUACAGCAUCACAUCAGUUCCCUCCGCUGUACAUUUGUUUCUCUUUCAAUCUCAUGUUGGUUUUAAUAUGUUUAUGUCAGGCUUAUGGAUCAUUUUCGUAUAGAAUAUACAUUUUACAUUGUCUGGUGUUUUGAAAAGCUCAUUUUUUCUGAAAUUGCUAUGUGUUUUGUUAGUGUUUCAUUGAAUAAAACAAUUUUGUGCAAA